UCCUUGUUCUUUCAAAAUUAUUAAAUUCUUUUCGAUUACAACUAAUUCUUUCAAUUACAACUUAUAUCAUUUUAUAAUUUUAUCAAUUUUACGUUUUACUUUACAAUUUUAUUAUUUUAAAAUGGCUUUUUUUAACAAAAUCUGCAAGAAUAAAAUAGGUAUACAAAAGCCUUCAACUAACGAAAAAGAAAAACCUACAAAAUCAUCUAAAUUAUCUCUAAAGAGAAUUAUUUCAAAGCCAAUUAAUAAGGAUACUCAUAAACGUAAAAGAAUUCAUCAUAAAACAAAAUCAGAUGAAAGAAGAAAAUUUUACUCAAAAGAUGAUCUGAUAACCGCAGUUCCUUCACGAGAAAAUAUCAAAGUACGAUCUCGAUCACAUUCAAUUUCUUACGACUAUCAUAGAACAUUUGAUUCAACUACUGUUACACCAGACAAAAGGACUUUACGCCCUGUAAAAAACAUUGAUAUCAAAGCUAAUAUAUUUUGGGGAGAAGAAUAUAAAAAAGAACAAAUUAAUUUAUCAAUUCCACGAACUAGUUCUUAUAAUUCAAUCAGAAAAAUUAUAUCAGAGAAAUUAGGGUAUGAGAUAUCAAAUGAUUUUGCUAUACUUUAUCACACAAGAAAAUAUCACAAGGACAAUAUCAUGAGAAGGAUUUUAAUUGAUUAUUGGAUAAAGAACAAAAUCUUGUGGUUGGUAGAUGAUGAUUUUAUGCUUAGUAAACACUUAUUGUUAUGGAGAGAUUGUAUUGAGAUUACGGUUGUGAGAAAAUCCAUCAUAUAUUAGUUAUUGUUCUAUAUUGUAUAUUGUAUUGUAAAUAAAAUUCUCAUGUAAAUAAAAUUCUUUUAUCAAGUUCAGUAAAUCACAGUUGUUACACAUUUUUUAUCCCUAUUCGUGUGAAUUUUUUUAAUUGCCAAAU